AGUCAGGGUGUCUGAGGCGGUGGUUGAGGUGAUGGCCGCGGCGUUGCUGGAGCGCUACACGACAUCGAUUGUUUACCUCGUCUCGCCUCUCUCUUCCUCCCUCUCCCUGGCUCUUAAUUUGUUUUUAGUACUUAAGUCUGUCCGUAUCGAUGUUGGUAGCAUGUCAGCUCGGAAGAUCUUAGCCGGCCAGUCAAUAAUGGAAGAAGGUAUUCUUUCACUUCGGUGGAAUAAUCAUCGUUCGACGUUUUUCCAUGUUUUAUCAACACUUCAUCGUAAGGAACUGUACAGUGAUGUGACACUAGCGUGUGAUGGUAAAUUUUUUCCUGUGCACAAGAUGGUGCUCUCUGUUUGUAGUGAAUACUUUGAGGAAAUGUUUAAGCAAACAAAUUGCAAGCAUCCAAUAAUAGUACUUAAAGAUAUUCUACACGAUGACCUUGAGGCUCUCCUCAACUACAUGUAUGCGGGGGAAGCUAAUGUUGUGCAAAGUGACUUAGCCAGAUUAAUAAAGGCUGCCGAGUGCUUAAGAAUUAAGGGUUUGGCUGUCCCAGAUGAAGCCCCUCAAUUGAGUGACAGUAAAAGACCACACACAGAUGGGCACCGGGAUGAAACUUACCACCCAAAGCGGAGAAAACACGAUGAUCAUUCAAUAUCCCCAUCAAAGUCCAACCAGGGUCACACGAGAGAGAGACGGAACUCAGACGACAGAGACUCUUGCAAAGACACAAAUGAUACAGACUCGGUUAGUGAUCAUCAAACAGCCGGCCAUCGUGGCCCAAAUGCAGCCCUCCAGCAUCAUCAUUCCUCGAGCCCCAACUCAAAUCUGGAGAUGGAUCUUGGAAGAUCCAGCAGAGAAGAAAAUACCUGUACAGUCUCACAAGAUCUUGCCGAGGUUGUGUUAGAAGAGCAUACAAUUAUUAAGGAAGAAGUACCUGAGCCUAAACAUGAACAGGAGGAUGAGAUAACACAACUCACAGACUCUGAGGCAAGCAUAAGUUAUGACCCUAUAAAUUCUGUUGAUGAGAGAGGAGUCAGUGGCGUUGGCAUAUAUAAUCCUCAGAUGAUGUCCUCCCAUCCCCAAAAUGUUUUACAAGAUAUCAUGGUGCAAGGAGUACCUGGACCCUCAGGAAUGCCAGGAGACUCGCUGGCUCCGUGGGAGUCUAUGGCCGGGUUCUCCCUCGAAGGUUUGCCUUCUGACGAGUCUAGAAGUACCCAGGCAAUGGAUUCGGCAGGGUUCGUGGGUCUGGGCCAUCCUUGUCCGUUCUGCGGCAAGUCCUCCUUCAGAGACCAAUCCGACCUGAGACGUCAUAUACGCAUCCACACUGGGGAAAGACCUUACCGUUGUCCACGUUGUCCCUAUACUGCUACCAGAAAUGAGCAUCUUGUGGCUCAUCUCCGGAGAAAACAUGCAGUUGAACAUGCAGCCAGCAUGAAGGAGUUGCCCUCACAAUAAUAGAGCAAUAGUAGUUAGCAGCAGAGCACACACAAAAUAUCAAGUUAAAUUAUGCAAAACUGAAAUUCACACAUAUGAGACAUAGUGAUACAAAUAAUACAACCUGUCAUCCAAAAAAUUAUAAUACAGUACCUGUAAUACAAAAUAUGGACUCUUGCAAGCCCCCUCCCCCCCCCCCCAACCCCCCAAAAAAAAGGUUCACAUUUCGUAAUGUUAAUCUUGUAAAAUGCCCGAGAAGAAGGGAAUAACCAAACCUAACUUUUCCUAGGCCUAGUAUAGUAUAUCUACUAAAUUAGGCCAAAACUUGCAUAUAUAGGCCUAGAACUGGUUAGGUUAUAUUUAUGGAUACUGUUUCACUUUUUGUUAUGUCCUUUAAUAUUCCAAUAAUAUGAAUCAUAAGCUUUUGUUGAAUACGACAGUCCAUAUUUUGUACAUUCUUUCAUUUGUGAGAGGAUGGGUUGAAUAAUACAUAGUACUGUAAUAAGAAUCUUUAAUGCCCACAAAUCCUAGUAUAAAUAGGCGAGGUUGCAGUGUUCAGGACAAUGAUUCUGAAAUUGGAAGUGAACAUUACUACAUUACAAAGCUGGUGAUAUUUUAAUGGAAUACAUUAUGAAAAAGUAAUAUUUAUGAACAUUUAGCCUAAAUAUAAUGAAAUGAAAACAAUAUCUGGAUGCAGUUACAGAAAAUGAAUUAAUGGAAAUUGAUAACAUUAUAAGAUCUCAGCAAAGGAAAACUAAAGAGAGCAUAUAAUGUAAAAAUGGUAAUUUGAAUAUUGCAGUUAGUGUAAUGCAACAGGGAGUGGGAGUUAGGCUUCAUGUCUUGUUGUAUUAGCAGCUCUCUAAACAGAUAAUAAUUACAAUGAUGUUAAAAAAAAUAAGACACCAUUAGUAAUCAUUACACAAGACCAUCACUGAUGGUGAUAGUUACCAAACACUUUAGCAAACAGGCUGGUAGAUGGUUCUAACAAGUUAAGUGAGAAGGUGGCGGAGGCCAAAACCGUCAGUAGCUUCAAAGCGUUAUACGACAGAGUACUGGGACACCAUGAGCGUAGCUCUCAUCCUGUAACUACACCUUGAUAUCACUUUGGUAAUUGCAACACAAAGCCACCAUUGAUAGUGAUAGUAACUAUUACACAACACAAGGCCACCAAUGAUAGUGAUAGUAACCAUUACACAACAACACUAGGCCACCAAUGAUAGUGCUAAAAUACUGGUGGUAAAUUAACCUACCAAAGAUCAUUUGUUGUUGUUGUUGUAACAGAAACAUCUUGAAAAAUCACAGACAAGUAAUAUUGUCUUGGACUAACAAUUAUAAUGCAACUAUGGGGACCAUAUAUUAGUGUUAUGAUGGUCCUGAAGUGUCCUGUAAAGUGUAGUGUGUGGUGUCCCGGGAGCACUGUACCCACCUGUAGGUGUCAUAGUGCCCUUAACACACACACACAAGUUGCCAUGGUACUAUAGUGCCCAGAACACAUGUGUUGUCAUGUUAUUUGUAGUGCCCUCAGCCACAUACGAUGCCAUAUUAUAGUGCCUUUGACAACACACAUUGCCAUGGUAUUAUAGUCCCCUCGACAACACACACAUUGCCAUAGUUUUAUAAUGCCCUUGACAACACACAUUGACAUGGUAUUAUAGUGCCCUUGACAACUCAAAUCUCCUUAGUAUUAUAGUACCCUGACAACACACACAUUGCCAUGGUAUUAUAGUGCCCUUGACAACACACAUUGCUGUGGUAUUAUAGUGCCCUUGACAACACACAUUACCUUGGUAUUAUAGUGCCCUUGACAACACAAAUCACCAUAGUAUUAUAGUGCCCUUGACAACACACAUCACCAUGGUAUUAUAGUGCCCUUGACAACACACAUCACCAUGGUAUUAUAGUGUCCUUGACAACACACAUCACCAUGGUAUUAUAGUGCCCUUGACAACACACAUCACCAUGGUAUUAUAGUGCCCUUGACAACACACAUCACCAUGGUAUUAUAGUGCCCUUGACAACACACAUCACCAUGGUAUUAUAGUGCCCUUGACAACACACAUCGCCGUGGUAUUAUAGUGCUCUUGACAACACACAUCGCUGUGGUAUUAUAGUGCCCUUGACAACACACAUCGCCGUGGUAUUAUAGUGCCCUUGACAACACACAUCGCCGUGGUAUUAUAGUGCUCUUGACAACACACAUCGCUGUGGUAUUAUAGUGCCCUUGACAACACACAUCGCCGUGGUAUUAUAGUGCCCUUGACAACAUACACAUUGCCAUGGUAUUAUAGUGUCCUUGAUAACACACAUCGCCGUGGUAUUAUAGUCCCUUGACAACACAUGUUGCCAUAGUAUUUUAGUCCCCUUGACAAUUUACAUAGUAUUUUUGUCCCCUUGACAAUGCAAAUUGCCAUGGUAUUAUAGUCCUCUUAGCAACACAUAUUGCCAUGGUAUUAUAGAGAUCUUGAUAACACAUGAUGCCAUAGAAUUAUAGAGCCCUUGACAACACAUGUUGCCAUGGUAUUAUAGUGAUCUUGACAACAUUGCCAUGGUAUUAUAGUGAUCUUCACAACAUUGCCAUGGUAUUAUUGUGAUCUUGACAAGUUGCCAUGGUAUUAUUAUGAUCUUGACAACAUUGCCAUGGUAUUAGAGUGCUCUUGACAACGCAUAUUGCCAUCGUAUUAUACUAUAUUCCCCUUAACACAUGUUGUCAUGGAAUUAUAGAGCCCCUGACAACACACAUGUUGCCAUAGAACUGUGGCAUCCUUGCAAUAUGCUUGUGUUAUGGGAGUACUGUGGUUUGGUGUCUUGGCAACACUUCAGUGAUAUGAUAAAACUGUGGUGGCAGCAGUGUGAUGUUCUGGCACUCUGGUGUCCCAGCAACACACUGUGAUGUCCUGGCAACACAUUAUGGUGUUUUGGCAGCACACUGUGAUGUAACCAACAGCACACUGUGAUGUAACCAACAGCACACUGUGAUGUAACCAACAGCACACUGUGAUGUAACCAACAGCACACUGUGAUGUAACCAACAGCACACUGUGAUGUAACCAACAGCACACUGUGAUGUAACCAACAGCACACUGUGAUGUAACCAACAGCACACUGUGAUGUAACCAACAGCACACUGUGAUGUAACCAACAGCACACUGUGAUGUAACCAACAGCACACUGUGAUGUAACCAACAGCACACUGUGAUGUAACCAACAGCACACUGUGAUGUAACCAACAGCACACUGUGAUGUAACCAACAGCACACUGUGAUGUAACCAACAGCACACUGUGAUGUAACCAACAGCACACUGUGAUGUAACCAACAGCACACUGUGAUGUAACCAACAGCACACUGUGAUGUAACCAACAGCACACUGUGAUGUAACCAACAGCACACUGUGAUGUAACCAACAGCACACUGUGAUGUAACCAACAGCACACUGUGAUGUAACCAACAGCACACUGUGAUGUAACCAACAGCACACUGUGAUGUAACCAACAGCACACUGUGAUGUAACCAACAGCACACUGUGGUGUCCCAACAAUGCACUGUGGUGUCCCAACAACACACUGUGGUGGCCCAACAACACACUGUGGUGUCAAAACAACACACUGUGGUGUUCCAGUAAUAUACUGUAAUACCUGGAGCAUACCCAGAAAGAGUUUCGAGAGUUUUGCUGCCUGAGUCCAGCCUGGGGCCCCAGGCUUGGCUUGUGAUAACUUGGUCCAACAGGCUGUUGUUUGGAAUGGCCCGUAGGCCCACAUAUCCACUACAACCCAGUUUGUCCCAGCAGCAUAGUGUGGUAUUCCAGCAAUAUUAUGGUCUGCCAGCAACACAAUAACGAGAUAGAUAAAUAAACACCCACCACCCACACCAGUACAAUGUGUGAAAUAAUUCGCUAGGCAAUUUAAAGAAUCAUGCUUUCCCUGGCUGGAGAUGCAGUGUUCCAAAUGAAACGAGUCAAGUGACAUAUUUCUUGACAUCUAUAAUAUUAUACAUGUUGUGGAAUAAAUUAUUUUAUACAAAGAAGCAUGUGAGAGAUGGUUUACUUUUACAAGGUGUUGAAAGUUUUUUUCUUCAUGUAUGGAAAUUAGUUUAUCUUAAAUUAUAUUUUCAAUAUAAUCUUGGUGCCUUGAAAACUUCAUGGAUUUGUGAAGUAAAAUAAUAUGGCUGUACUUGCAUUUUCUGCAAAUCUAUUACAUUUUUGCACUAAGUGUUGAUUGACUAAGUAGGUUGUCAUAUUAGGUUAGUUGGAACAUUCAUCUGUUACUACUACAGUAGCAGCAACAAUGUAAUGAGUAACACUCGUAACUGAAACAGUGCCUUUAAUAAUGGCCGUUUUUAACUAACUUAAUGCUUCAUGUUGUUGUCAAAGCAGAAAAGUACUUGACAUCCUUCUGAAUUAUGUAUGUUAAUAAGAAAUAAAAAUAUAAUGAU